AUGCUUCAAUUAGAAACUGAAGAAAGAACUGCUCUUCUUUUAUCAGAAGCAGCUGAUGAUGAUGAUGAUAAUAAUAAUGAUAAUCAUAACGUAAUAAAUAUUCCAUUAAAUGGUAGAAAUGACGAUUUUCCUGUCGUUGCUAAGCGUCCCAAAACAUAUCAACGUCAUCCUAUAUCUAAUGCUCAUCCUAUGUUAUGUUUUGGUUUAAUAUUAGGUGCUUUUAUCUUAGGAUGUCUUACUGGCAUUAUUAUUUUGCUUUAUCGAAUGUCGUCAGAUUCCCAACAAGGACAUUCAUCAUUAUCGUCAAAUUUACUUGAAACCGCAACAAAUAUUGAUUUAUCAAUACGAACAAAACUAUUUCAAUCAAUAAAGCAAACAAAGUUUUUGACUCUUAGUCGUUCAAUUGAAUCAGAAAAUGAUGCUGCUAAUAAAUUAUAUGAACAAUGGAAAUCAUAUUCUUCAUCAUUAACUCAUGUAAAUAAAUUAACAUAUGAUAUAAAUUUAUCAAAAUUUUCUUCAUCAAAUAUAUGGAGUGGUAUUCAAUUAACUGAUGAUAGUAAUAGAAAUGAAUUUUUAAAAGUUAAUCUUUUAUCAACAGAAAAUUUUCUUUCAUUUUCAUCACUUGUUAAAUCUGGUGAAAUUGAUGGAAAUUCAAUUUAUUAUGUUAAUUAUGGUCGACAAGAAGAUUUUGCUUAUUUAUUUAAAAAUCGUAUUCGUUUUGAAGAUCAUGAAAAAUCAAUUGUAUUUAUGAGACGUAAAUCAAAAAUUAUUUCUCAAACUGAACAAAUUCAUCAAGCAAUUUAUUAUGGUUUUGGUGGUUUAGUUUUAUUUGAUGAUAAUGAAAAUACACAAACCACAACAACAAAUGAUCGAUAUUCAUUUUUUCGAGAUUGGGCCAGAUAUUCAUCUCCAGAUGAACGUCAAAAAUAUAUUAAUGGUACUCUUAAUAAUGAUAAUCAUUUAAUUUCUGUUUUAAUACUUUCAUAUAAUGAUGUUCAAAAAAUAUUUGAAUUACUUCAAACAGAUUCAAAUGGAUGGUUAACGUGUCCAACUGAAUGGCAUGAUAAACCAACUUCAUUAAGAAUAGGUGGAAAAAUUUCAAUUAUGAAAAUUCGAUUAGUUGUAAAUGUAGAACCUACAAAAAUAGAAUUGCCUGUUGUUAUGAGUUCAAUUCGUGGUACAAUUGAUGCUGAACAUUUUAUCAUGAUUGGUUAUCAAUUAGGUUCAAUAGAACUAAAUAAAAUUAUCAAUGAAAUUAUAGAAGCUUAUAUAAAUCAAAUAAAGAAUGGUUGGAAUCCAAGAAGAUCAAUUCUAUUCUGCGCUUGGUCUGGUUUAGAUUAUGAUCAUUAUACAAUUCGUCGUUGGCUUUCGGAUAAUUAUCAUUUUGUUGAUAAAAAUUUAAUAGCAUAUAUUGAUCUUGGAAAUGGUAUUCUUGCAAAUUCUACUUUAAAUUUACAUGGUUCACCAUUACUUGAACAAAUUGCUAAUCGUGCUGCUGAUUUUGUUCCAAGUCCACUUGAACAUAAUCAUACAUGUCAUCAUCGAUUAGUAACAACAACAAUAUCAAAUGAAGAAAGUCAUCAUCAUCAUCAUGAUCAUAAACGAAAACGACGUAAUGAUGAUGAUGGACAUGAACAUCAUAUGGAAACAAAACAACAAGAAGAAAUGAAAUGUGAACCACAUAAAUUAUUAGAUGAAUGGAUUAAAGCAAGUAAAAAUCAAACUGGAAUAAAUAAAACUUUAGAUAUUGUUCAAGCUAUUGAUAUUGAUUCAUCGGCUGCUUUAUUUCAAUUACAAUAUGGAAUUCCAUCAAUAUUAAUUGAAAUGACUAAUCAACAGGCAUUAGCAAAUGAUAUAUUUUAUGUUAGUCAUUCAUUAUCUAUUGUCGAACGAGAAAUUCGACCAGAAGUUUAUGUUGCUUAUACACAAUUUGUUACUGAAAUAAUUCGUCAAUUAAUUGAUGAACCAUUAAUUUCAUUUAAUUUAACUUAUUAUGCCAAUCAAAUUGAUGAACAAGUUAUUCAAUAUGUUGCUCAUUAUACGAGAGAAUAUGGUUCAGUAGGUUCUCAUAUUGGUGAUCCAAGUGACUUUAUAACAACAUUAAAUGAUUUAACAAAAUCUAUUCGAAAAUUUCAAUUAAAUAUUAAUCAACUAUCUAAAAAUGAUUAUAUUCAUUUUCCAUCAAUAAAUACUCAAUUAAUUGAAUUUGAACGUUUAUUUAUUAGUAAUGAUCAUCUACCUGGAAUGAAUACAAUCGAUAAAAUAUACAAACAUAUAUUAAUUGGUCCAGCAUUUGGUCUUACGAAUACAGCUGUUCCAUUUCCAUUAUUAUCAAAUCUUCUGUUUGGCAUUGCAGAAGAUCCGCCAACAGCAUUAUGUGAUGCAUCAAAAUUAUUUUGGUUAAAAUUAAAAGAACAUAUUCAUUUUAUAAAUCGAACAUUAAAUGGAUUCGAUGGACUUAUUGAAAAAAUCUAA